UCUCCACCUGCCAUUCUUUCUCUAGCAUUUUACCGACCAAAAAAAAGAAAAAACAAGAGUAAAAUACCCUCUUUCUUUCCCCUCCAAUUUUCGCGAGAAAAUCAAACUUAUUUUCCCGAGAAAAUUAAAACCCAAACCAAGUACUUCCUGGCUCGAUGAUGUCCAACAAUUAAUAUAUUCUCUCUGCAGUACGAUGAGGUCAGGCCUUGACCUCUUAUUCAACCAAACUAUUACAUUUUCGAUUUCAGACGUUGAUGGAAGGGGACCGAACUCUUUCUUCAGAGUCAUCAAAGGGAAGCAAAUCAGAGAAAGUGAAAUUGAUCGACUGGGAAGAUUAUGAGCACGAAGUUGCGAGGUUGUGGAGCCUCUCUUCCGCCCUCAAAGAAGCGAAGGAAAAGAAGCUAACUCUUCAGCAAAAGCUUGACUCGUUCAUUCAGGUUGAAGCCAAGUCCUUAAGUAGAUUGAAUGAGCUUGAGGAGAUGCGCCAGCGAUUGGAAGCCAGAAAAUUAGCUAUGGUAAGCAUAUCAGCUAGUUCUAAGGUUUUAGCUGAGGAUGCCAAAAAGGAAGAGGAGAGGCUUAGUAUGGAAGUCAGAUCUCUUUUGGUUGCUGGUACUGCUCUUUCUAUAGCUAGCAAGCAACUUCAGGAAUCAAAGAGGUCCCUUUCUGGGGAGAGGGGUUAUGGUCGUUUCAAAAACCUGCAGAAGAAGCUACGAAUGAGGCAGCAAUAUAUGAUAUCACAAGUUUCAUUGCUUUAUCCAGUGAAGAUAUCAGCUGGACCUUCAGAGGAGCAAGAGCUUGACUCAUUUCCAAGCACUAGUAAAUCAGGGAACCACACCGGAUCUAAACCAACCAAUGAAGGAUCUUUGACGGUUUUAGGUCUGCAUUUGACUAUGCUUCCUUUCACAAAGAUGAGUUUUUUUACUGACAAAAAGGAAGUCCAGAAGUUUGCAACUGCCAUUGGAUAUGUUGCACAUGCUGUUUCACUCAUUGCUUCCUAUUUAGAAGUUCCUUUGCGUUAUCCUGUGCGCUUGGGUGGUUCUAGAUCAUUUAUUACUGACUACGCACCUUCUGUGGAGCCUGCAUCAUCUGACCUGUUAUUGAGUUCAUCAUCCUAUGUGAAUACAAAAGCUGUUGAAUUUCCCCUCUUUUUGGAAGGUCAAGAUACAACACGAGCAGCUUAUGCUGUUUUCCUGUUAAACAAGGAUUUGGAGCAACUUUUGAAUUAUAUUGGUGUAAAGAGUUUAGGACCACGGCAUGUGCUGGCUAAUUUGAAGGAGCUUACAAGGACAAUACAGUCUGCAGAAUUUUUAGAAACAUGAUUUGAUCUUCCUGUUUUGACCUUGAGUUAGCAACAUAUCUGUAAAUGAAUUUACCUGAAUUCAUACGAAGGUGCAUUUUUUUUUAAUGGAGCACCUUGCCAUAGAUGUUUGUCAAUUCCUACAAUUUGAUUGAUAGAAGCCAUGGUAAAAUGACUUCAAUGAGUUAGUGUGAAUUCUUUUUUGGAUUUUUCGAACCCAUCUGUCAGUAUUGAGAGACUAGUUUACCCGAAAGUUAUUAAGUUAAUGAUAAAUUUGAGAUAUUUUUGUUUGGUCAAA